AUGACACGAAUUGCUCUGUCUGCAUCAGCGCUGAUCAAGACAAACAAAACUGCCAGCAAGAUUGCUCCGAACGACAAGAUACAAAACCAUCGCCGUCACAAUGGAUCCCACAAGGAAAAACGACAUCUCUCUCAUCUGCAGAAGCUACAGAAACGAAAACUGCGAAUUCAGAAGCCACCAAGACAAGACAGCAAACAGCUAGAAUUGGAAAAAGAAGAACGCUUCGGAGGCGUGACUACCCCUGCAUCACUACCUGUUUCCAGUACAACUUUUACCUACUUCUGCUGCCGUGAUUGCCCCUGUCCUCAAGGGGUUUUCGACUAUCCAGUUGACAGCUGUGUCCAGUGCGGGCACAACAUGGACUCCCACGAUGAGCAGGACCAUGCAUGGAAGAUCGAGUGUGAUUAUGCUUGCAAGAGACAAGGCUUAGUUGAGUCUGUCUUGGAAAUGGCACGGAAUCGAAGAGUGGUAGUCAUCCGGGCCACUCCUAUGGUAGGCAAGACAACGCUGCUUCGGCUUUUUAGCUAUCAUAUCGUCAUGCACGAAAGGGACCUCGAGCCAGUCUAUAUCGAAUGGAGACACCAAAACAACCCCGACCGUGGAAAGCUCCCAUACGAGAAAUACCUACAACGUGAAGCAUCUGAAUGGCGGGAUCACAAUAAGGCAUACCGGCCCAAUAAUCCGAACGCUCGAACAAUAUACCUGAUUGAUGAAGCCCAAGGGUCUUAUGAGGAGGAACACUUCUGGGGAACGACACUGAAACACCCUAAUACACGUAGUUCGUCUCUAUUCGUGCUUGUCUGCCUUUAUGGUGCUCAUGGCAUUUCCCGCACUCUCCAACCACACAUUGAAUCCCAAGCUCAGCGGAUGGAUCGCAUCCAUCGUGUGGAGCUCCGUCCAAAAGGAGACAACAAGCAAUUCAUGCUAUUUCGGCCGGAAGAAACUAGGGAGACGAUCCGAAAAUGGGCUUUGCAACACAAAUUCGAUCUUUUGGACGGGACGUCGCAGAAGCUUAUCAGGAUUAGGUUUGCGUGUCGUCGGCUCUGUCCAGGCACAGAACUAAGCACCGGCGUCAAAAGUCUUUCACUCCAGGAGACUUGUAUCAACGCCAUUGAGAGAUUCAGUCCGUCUGUCCUUAAAAGCAGAACGAAACUUACCCGUCACGGUUCGAGGAUCUUAGAAGCAGUAUACCACGAGGAAAUGUAUUGCUGCCUGGCUCACGAGCUUCGGUCUUUACCCAUCUUCACUCAAUAUGCCCAUAACGACGAGGGGAGGAUUGACCUGUACAUACUUGAGAAGAAAUGGGGUAUUGAGUUGCUCCAAGGGGGAAAUACUGCGACGAUCACUGAGCACGCAGCCCGCUUUCGGUCUGGCGGCAAGUAUCAUGCCUGGAAUAUUAUUGAUGAUUAUAUUGUCAUUAAUUUCUGUUCUCCACUCACUAUCACUGCUAAACAAAUUAUAGAUGCAGAUGUCAAGCCUCAUAUUCUACAAGUCGCCAUCGAUCCAGAAAAGUACACUGCAGAGGUAUACACAUGGGACAAAAUGCUUCUGCAGACAUUAGUGUUAGGCGAAGGAAGGCAGCGGCACAAGAAACUCGACGAUAAUCUGUAUCUGGAUGAGGCGGAGGAACAGAGGCGAGUAAACGAGAAAUUGCGGCAACAUAACGUGGAUCUGGAGCAACAUAACGUGGAUCUGGAGCAACAAAAGGAGGAACUGGAGCAACAAAAGGAGGAACUGGAGCAACAAAAGGAGGAACUGCGGCAGCAAAAGGAGGAACUGCAGCGCAAGUAUAAGGAACUGCAGGCUAGUUCAGGGGGAAUAUAAGAUCGCACAAGAUAUCGAGAAGCGGUCGCGACGUGUAGUAGAAGGCUGAAGCGAUGGUAUUACAAUCUGAAGAGCUAGAGACAUAU